CACAUUUCACAAAUUCGCAUCUUGUUUCUGCAUUUCCUUAAAUGAGUUUAAAUUGAUCCGGAAACUUGUUUUCGUUGGUACAGUUUCGUGCUGCAAAAAAUAAAAAAGUAAAAAUAAAACACAUGCACAUUUUUGUGCACUGGAAAGAUCCUGCACUGCAUCAGAAGGUCAAUGUACGAACAUUGGGAAUGCGUUUCAAGAUUUGGAGUUAACAAAACAAUCGAUACAUGAAGAAACUGUGGAGAAGAUGAACUUGUGUGGUGGAAACGAAAAAGGACAAUAUAAAAAAGUGUGCACAAGAAAGUAAUGCUUUCAGUUCUGUUCCGUCCGUUACCAUCGAACGAUCAGUUUUGGUUACGGGUGUGGAUAAAAGGAUCCCCAAGAUCAGUUGGUGAUUAAUUGUUGUGUGUUUGUAAAAUAUUGAGGUUUAUUGAAGGUUUUUGUGAAAUAUUGAAGAACGGUGAUACGUAACAAACAGGAUGGUGUUUGAUAAGACACUCUGCUCAUCAGUCUUGGUAUUGCUUUGCGUUCAGUUGCUGGCAGCGGCCACCACAAAGUUGGUACCCGGCCUUGCGAAAGCAUCCGUUACAAACAUAAACCGUAGCCAUAGUAAUAGUGCGGUGAACAAUUUUCCCGUCAACGGAUUGCCACCGUUAACGUACAGUACGAAAAAGUAUUUCUUCUACGACGAAGAAGCCACCUUCUUAGAAGCGUGGAAUCUUUGCCGUGAAAAGGGCCAACGAUUGGCUACGAUCGAAAGCUAUCAGGAGCAUGUAGCAUACAAGGAGCAAGUCGAACCAUAUGUGGAUUACGAAACAGCUCACUGGAUAGCAGCAACCAAUAUGGGGGCCAGCUCUAGCGAUUACCAAAAGUUCUACUGGAUUACAAAUGACAGGCCCGUCGGAUAUAUUAACGGAUUCUCAAACUGGUACGAUGGAGAGGCACCGAACGGCUCGGACCUGUGUGUGGCAACAUAUCUUGGCAGUGCUUUGUGGAUUUAUGGUUCGUGUACCUCUGCUUCUCCAUACGCUUGUGAGGAACCACAAGAUGUCUGAUCGGUUUCCGAUGGUAAAUUGACCGGUUAAUUAAACACCCGACCACAGUACAGAUAAGUUUAGUUUUUGGGUAAAAAAUUAAGAAACAAAUAAACAUUAUGAAUUGAACGAAAAGUUACAUAGUAUU